UUUCAUUUUUGCUGAACAUUAUCCCCGUUAAUGGAUCAACUCAAUUGAAGUUUAGACGGGAUUUGAUGAAAAGAAAUGGCCAGACUUUCAUUUAUCGGGAUUGUUUGUCAUAUUCUAUUGCUCCCAUAUGCAUUUGCAGAAGAGAACUGUGUACGAAACUUCACGUUAGAUUCUACAGAUCGGAACUUCAUCCAAUCGACUUUGGCUUCACCUAUGAAAGAACAUCACGAAUGUUUCCGAGAAUGCGUCGCGUCGGAACCGAUGACUUGUCGAUAUACCUUCGACAUCGAAUGGUAUUCAACGAUGUCGAGAGCUUGUUUCAACUGCCCCUGCAAUCAGAGUGACUGCGAACGCGAACGGUGCGUGGCGGCCGAUGGAUUCCGUCGCCCAAUCGUUGUGGCCAAUCGCCAGCUUCCUGGUCCAGCAAUUGAGGUUUGCAAGGGUGAUCGCAUCAUCGUAGAAGUCCACAACAAACUCAACGAUGGCGAAGGCGUUUCGAUCCACUGGCACGGCCUUCUCCAACGAAACACUCCGUACAUGGAUGGCGCCACCCUGAUCACACAAUGCCCAAUUACGCCAUUCUCCUCGUUCACUUAUGACUUCGUUGCCGAUCGGACGGGCACCCACUGGUGGCACUCUCAUACAGGUUUUCAGCGGUCUGAUGGUCUCUUUGGUCCCCUCAUUGUUCGGGAACCAGACGGGGACAACCCGCACAGUGCCCUCUACGACUAUGACCUAUCAGAACAUACUAUCAUGAUAAGCGACUGGUCGCACGAAACUGCGGUGGAGUUGUUCGUAUUGUCACGCCAUGCGGGGGAAUGGAUCUUUCCACCUCAUAUUCUUAUCAAUGGGAAGGCACAACUUGUCGGGUACACUGCAGAGAGUGACGGUACCUCACAUGCCACUCCUAGAGAAGUCUUUGAAGUAGAAGAAGGCAAGAGGUAUCGCUUCCGGUUGAUAAGUACGGCAAGCAGUAGUGAAGCUUUCACGGUGUCAGUAGAAAACCACACCCUAACUAUCAUUGCCAGCGAUGGGGCAUAUGUACAACCUCUAGAGGUCGACGCCCUAGUCAUUUACGGAGGAGAAAGAUACGAUGUCGUCCUCAAUGCCUCAGAGAAGAAUGGAUUUAAUUACUGGAUGAAGUUUCAAGAAUUGUACGGACAACCAGUCGGAAAUCAUGGUCUGGCAAUCAUCAGGUACAGCGGCGCUCGCACGGAGAACCCUUCAUCGAGCCCCUCUCCAACCCCAGAAGGCAUUAUCUACCAGAAAUUCAACAGUCCUGCUUCUGCACACGUCAUUACUGUCAAUGAAUUGGUUGCCAUCGAAAAUGCAAUCCUACCGCAAGAGAAUAGACGAACUUUCUACAUGAAACGAGACUUUAAUGAAUUCUCUGAUGAACGUUACUGGGACGAUGUUUACAGCCCAAUGCUCAACGACCGUUCGUUUAAACUGCCAAGUUACUCGCUUCUCUCUGAAUACCAUGACGAGACCGACGGCGAUGAUAUCUGCCUUUUUGAAGAUGAGGAGAUGAAUGAGAGGUGCAAGACCGAGUUCUGUCACUGUACCCAAGUUCUUCAAGUUGAAAUUAAUCAGACGAUUGAGAUUGUGCUAGUUGACGAGGGUAAGCGGGUUUUAGUUCUCCACCCAUUUCAUCUUCACGGUUAUUCGUUCAGAGUCCUUGCUCAGGGUUUUGGUGGAGAUCACCUUAGCAUUGAGGAAGUAAUCGAGAUGGAUCGUAAUGGGACAAUCAAGAGAAACUUCGACCACCCACCUGAAAAGGAUACUGUCAUUACGACCAAUGCUGGUUAUACUGUCAUCCAGUUUAUUGCUGAUAAUCCUGGCUGGUGGUUUUUCCAUUGUCACACCGUAUUCCAUCGCCAUACUGGUAUGGCUAUUGUUGUCCGUGCUGGCGACCAGUCUGACCUUCCUCCAUUACCAGAUAACUUCCCACGGUGUGGUAACUUCGAACCCCCUGAAAGACCACCACCACCAACCAGAUCAACACAAAGACCAUCGUCACCAUCACCAACUGCAAACGUGUUCCCUCUGUCUACCGUUAUCGGUCUAUCCGUGGUCGUCGGCAUCCUCGGUCUCCUCGUCAUUGUCCUCAUCAUCGAUGCCAUAUGUCGCCGUCAGGAACCAGGUGCCCCGUCAUCGGCGACCGCGAAUGGAGGAAAAAAGGGCCAAGAUGCACCAUGGAGAGAUACAAUUGAUUAAUUAUAUCAAAGAUAAAACUUGUUCCGAGACGUUCCUUCCAUUUGAUAAAUAACAUUAAACAAUAAUGUUCUUAAUACUAAAUAGGUUCAUUAUUGCGGAAUGAAAUAAUCGCUAGAGGGUAAUGUUCUUUCAAGUAAAAAAAAACCCAUGCUUUUAACAAAAGAGCUACUCGGUCCCUUGUCACUUCCUCCUCAGAGUGGAACUAUCCCACUCUUUUGAGGGCGAGAUUUUCAUCCUCCGGAGGGAGAAUGCGCGGAACUCGCAUUCUUAACAGAAUUAGUCGAGAGCUAUUUUGGGAUGUUGUGAAAGCGACAAUGAUUUUUUUUAAUAUGAACUAAUGAGGACUGAACCAAAACCAAGAAGGAAGCACUAUUUUCACCGAUGACAAUGAUAUCCUACAGUGUCAUUGAGUUCCAAUGGAAAGGUAUGCAAUUGUUAUACGAUUGUCUACGUUUAACCAAUGCAAAUAUACGUACAUAUACAGUGCGUCUCACAAAAAACGAAACCGAGAUGUAUCGAUGAUUUAUCGUAACUUAAUCACAAAUACAAUAGACAAAUAACCUACCAUUGUAAAGCUUAGAAUCUCCUCUUCCAUCUGAAAUGCAUGAAUGGGGAAUAAUCUAAGUAAUAUCAGAUGAAAAAAGAGAUUCUAAGCUUUACAUUGGUAGGUCAUUUGUCUAUUGUAUUUGUGAUUAAGUUAUGAUAAAUCAUCGCUUAAUCUCGGUUUCGUUUUUUUCUGGGACGCACUGUAUAAGAAGUCGUAUUGCUUAAAAGAAUGAUACGAUAUAGAGUUAUAAAUACAAAUAUUUGUGCUGUAUUCCAUUAGUUACUAUAAUAUUAUAUUGUUUUUAUAUUUGCUCAUCAUGUCGCAGAUAAGUUUUAUGGAUUACUUUAGCAUUGACUAGUACUCUGGUUAAAUAUGGGUCGUUUCAUACUUUCAUGCCACAGGUAUUACCUAGUAGAGUGAUACAUGUAUUUUUUAUUUUUGUUUUUAUUUUUUUAUUUUGAGAGUAACAUAGCCUAUUGUAUUUUUAGGGAUGAGAUGAUUUGUAUAGCCGUCAACAUUUACUUUUCUAUUUGAAUUUCAUUCAUGAAAAUAUUUAUAUAAUGUCAUAUUCAUAUCCGCUAUUAUCUUGUAAUGUUGGGUCGUAUUUGCUUAACAUAUAUUAUGAAUGUGAUUAUAAAUACCUUUUGUGACGAUAUUCAUAUUCGUUUAUCAAAAUUGAAUUUGAAUUUUAAAAAUUUGUCUGGGCUUUAUUCGUAGUUGUUCUUAUUCCUCACAUUUAAGACUAAUUGAAGUAAAUUAGAAAGUAAAAAAGGGGCCUAAGCUUUCGAUCCUAGCAGAAUCUUCGUCGGAGGCAAAAUGACAAACAUAUAAAGUGGAACAACCAUAAUAUAGACCACAAACAAGCUACAGCAACACUAGAAACAAUGAGACAAAAGGGGCAUUAGUGAGUAGAGAAGACCAAUCAGGUUAGUGAAGGGGAUGAAAGAAAAGGAGUAGGCAGACACAAAGGGAAGUUAGUGUAAGUAAGGCCAGUAAAAGACCUCAAGCCAAGAGGGAUUAAAAUAAUGAGGCAGGCAACAUCAAACAGGAUCUGGAACAAAACAGUGAUAAUGGGAUGAAAAACAAGAGAAUAAGUGAGAGGUGGGUCAAACAGGUUACAAAGAAAGGCUUAAUAAACUGGUGCAUAAGAGUGGGGGAAAAAAGGAAAAGAAUGGGGAACAACUGAUAAUGUGCAAAAGACAUAUAAGUAUAUAUGAUAAAGCAUUAAAUAAACUAUUUCAUUUCAUUUCAUUUCAUUUCGUUUAUUUCCAUUUUCAACAAUUACAGUUUAUUUUGUACAUUUUAACAUAUAAAUAACAAAACAUAUUUCAAGUAUUCCUGUACAAAAAUUAUAUUCAAGAUUAUUACAUAUCAGGUUGGAAAUGGAGGAGGCUGCUAAAAAGCGGAGCUUGUAGAGUGCAGCCUCCUAAUAAAUAUUCUUGUAGUUGCAUAACAUAUAAAAAUCAAAAUAACAACUAGAGCAUGAACCAGUUAAAUUAAAAGGAAAUAGGGGAAAUUAGAAUAGAAAAGGAAAUAAGAAAAAGAGAGAUUAAAGGUCUCCAGAAUCCAGCCCCAGCACUCAUAGACGGACCUCGUUGAUCGACAGGAAAACGAAAGAGAUGUAAAAGCGUACAUGACAUGAUAAUCAUGUUUGAUUUAUAAAAAAAAUACAAGAGUUUGAGUGAGGAAGAGUUAAAUUCAAUAGUUAUCUUGGGGAAUUUUUUUGAACUUAUAUUUGAAAGAAUUAAGGCUUGGUGAUUCUUUGAUGUUUUUAUUAAUAGUUCCCCAGAGUCUAGGGCCUUCAAAAGUAAAAAUAGAUUUUGCAAGGAUGGUCCGGGGUAGUGGUAAAUGGAAUUCAUCUGAUUGACGUGUGGGAUAUUUGUGAAGAGUUUUGUUUUUGUUAAAUGAAGAAUUAAAUAUGAAUGGUAACAUAUUAUUGUUUAACUGAUACAUGAAUUGACCUAAGUUAUAUUGGUACAGUGUUUUUAUUUUUAGAAUGUUGUUGUUAAAAAACAACUCAUCUGUGUGAGAUCUCCAGGACAAGUUGAAAAUAACACGCAAUGCCUUCUUUUGUAAAAGUAAUAUUCUAUCAAGGUAGGUUGAGUGUGUAUUUCCCCAAACAAUUGCUCCAUAAUUUAAAUAUGGUAAAAUUAAUGUUGAAUAAAGCAUUUUUAGGGAGGAAGUUGGAAGAAAAAAUUUGACUUUGUUAAUAACACCAAUAUUGCGUGAAAUUGUACGACAUAUAAAGUCAAUGUGUGUUUUCCAAGAUAAUUUGUUGUCUAUUAUGAGACCUAAAAAUUUUGUUGUAGUAACAACUUCAAUGUCUUUAUUGUCCAAUUUGAUAUUAGAUGGCAAUUGUUCUAAAGAAUUGCUAAAAAGCAUGCAUUUCGUUUUUUUGUACAUUAAUUGACAAUUUGUUAGCCCUAAUCCAUUUUACCAAUUUAUCCAGUUCAGUGUUAAGUACAUUUAUUAAAAUAUCGGGGUUAGGAUGAGAGUAUAGUACAUUUGAAUCAUCUGCAAAAAGGACAUAAGAUAAUAUUUCAGAGGAGUUCUGAAUGUCAUUUAUAUAGAUUAUAAAUAAAAGAGGGCCCAGGAGGCUGCCUUGGGGAACACCCCGGUUAAAUUUUGUAGAGAAGAAUUUUGUUCAUUUAUGCUUACGAAUUGUUUACGAUUUACGAGGUAGUUUCUGAACCACUCCAAGGCCUUCCCACGAACUCCGUAAUUUUCAAGUUUGUAGAGCAGUAUUUCAUGAUUUAUAGUGUCAAAGGCCUUGGAGAGGUCCAGAAAAACACCUAUUGUAUGUUCAAAGUUGUCAAUAGCUUUUGUGAUUUUGUCAAUAAAUGAGAGAGUGGCAUGAGAUGUACUAUGUUUUUGGCGAAAUCCAAAUUGAAAAUCAGAGAUUAUAUUAUAUUUAUUCAAAAAAUUUAAUAAUCUUGUGUAGAUCACCCUUUCCAUAACUUUAGACAAAGUAGGUAAUAAAGCUAUCGGUCUAUAGUUACAUACAUUAAUCUUUUCUCCUUUUUUGUGCACUGGUAUUAUCUUUGAUAUUUUCAUAUUGUCAGGCACGACGCCAUUACUUAAAGAAAGGUUGAAUAUGUAUACUAAUGGAUCAACAAUAUAUUCUAUAACAUUCUUUAAUAAAAUAUUGUCAAUACCAUCGUGACCACAGCUUUUUUUGUUUUUUAAGUUGUUCACUAUAUCUAUUAUUUCAUUUCUAUGUACUGGUACUAAAAAUAAAGAAUUAGGGUUUGGUUGGUGAAUGAAAUCUGUAAUUUUUUUUGUGUUAAUGGUAUAUUGUCUGCAAGACUUUUUCCAAUUUGUGUAAAGUAUUGAUUAAAUAUAUCAGCUAUACGAAAAGAA